UUUGCGGAGAGCAACGUCUCAUGUCCCGACGUAAACCCUUGUGCGAGCCGCGUCGCUUGUCAAGUGGUCGGAAGACGGCAACUAGCUCUGAACCAGGAGGAUGUCGUCCCGGUGCUUAUGUACUUAGCCAGGCAGCCAGCGAUAAAUAACUGACCCAUAUUAGCUUUUAAUCUACACGUCGUCCGUUUUUAAAUAGUUUGGUAGCGCUAGCAAGGAGUGAGGGCACUGCUAACGGACUGGUUUACGAUCUACGUGCAAGGCCGGAGGCAUCCUCUACAGAUUGUGUGUGUCUGUUGUGGGUAUGAGUAAAGUGGGUGUGCCGUGGCUGUGUGAAUUUGCCGACGCUCACUGAUGUAGUAUCUAAAGGACAAAUGGCCGUUUAGCGAGACCAAACUGAGGAUACCGCUCCUUGUCCACACCUAAGUGUACAUAACCGUGACGUCAGCCAUGUUUUGGAAGUUUGACCUACACACGUCCUCUCAUCUGGAGGCUUUACUGGACAAGGAGGAUGUCACACUCCUUGAGCUCAUGGAUGAGGAAGAUGUGCUGCAGGAGUGCAAGGCCCAAAACCGGAGACUGCUCCUGUUCCUGUGCCAAGAUCAGUGCAUGCAGGAGCUGGUCCGUAUGAUCACGACAGAGCCCCCUGCUGGUGGAGAGGAGACCAAGCGCUUCAAGUAUUCAAAUAUAGCGUGUGAGCUGUUGACAUGUGAUGUGGGAGUGAUCAAUGAUAAGCUGGGUAAUGAGGAGCCUCUGCUGGAAACCCUGUACGCCUUCCUGGAGCAGCCAUCCCCACUUAACCCCCUCCUGGCAUCUUUUUUUAGCAAGACAAUUGGUAACCUCAUCGCACGGAAGACUGAGCAGGUGAUCAGUUUCCUGCGACGAAAGGAGGGAUUCCUUUCCUUGGUCCUGAAGCACAUUGAUACGUCAGCCAUGAUGGAUGUGCUUCUGCGCCUUAUCAGUUGUGUAGAGCCACCCCCUCUGCGACUUGAGACUCUUACGUGGCUGAAUGAACAGAAACUGGCCCAGAGACUGAUAGAGCUCAUUCACCCUGAGAGAGAUGAAGAGAGGCAGUCCAAUGCAUCUCAGACUUUGUGCGACAUUAUCCGUCUGAGCAGAGACCAGGCCAAUCAGCUCCAAGAGAUUUCACAGCCUGACCCUUUGCUGACCGUGCUGGAGUCGCAGGAGUGUGUGGAGCAGUUGUUGCAGAACAUGUUCUCAGGAGAGAGGACUGAGAGCUGUAUCGUCAAUGGGAUUCAGGUUCUUCUCACCCUGCUGGAAAUCAGGAGGCCUGUAAAAGUGUUUUCUGUCUGCGUGUAUGACAGGGUGGACGGUGUAAUGGACGCUCAGGGAUUCGAGAGAAGUUACACUGUUAAUAGCAGCAUUUUGUUGGCCAUACAGCCACACCUGAUACACUUCCACCAGUUACUUCUGGAGCCACCCAAGAGGGCCCCUAUGCUGACUACCCUGGGUGUGCUGGAGGAACCAUUGGGAAACACACGUCUGCACGUGGCCAGACUAGUGGCCUCUCUGCUUUAUACCAGCUCAGCAAGCCAUGCAGUCGUAGCACAGGAGCUCUGCAGACUCAAUACAAUGGAUCUUCUUCUGGAUCUGUUCUUCAAGUACACGUGGAACAACUUUCUGCAUCUCCAAGUGGAGCUCUGUGUUGCUGCCAUCCUCCGGCCCUGUGCCCAUGAAAUGAGGCUUCAGCCUGCUUUGGGUUCGCACGAAAAAAAGCUUCAGGACGCGGCGCAAGAGCAGGAUUCGACUGAGGCCCCGACGUCCGAACCUUCAGUCACCUCUGAAAACUCUGCACAUAACUUAAUGGUGACUCAUUUGUUCCAGCACUGCCACCUUGUCCCAAGGAUUCUGGAGGCUUGGGAAGAGAACGAUAAAACGCAGUCAGAAGGUGGUAUGAGGAGAGGGUACAUGGGACACCUGACCAGGAUUGCCAACACUGUGGUACACAACUUGGAGAAAGGACCGGUUCACACCCAGAUUAGUAGCCUCAUCACAGAGCUGCCAGAGGACUACAGAGGGCGCUGGGAAACCUUCGUGGACCAGACACUGUCAGAGACAAAUAGAAAGAACACCAUAGACCUGAUUGGCACUGGAAACCCGCGCCCUUCCUCAGAGGAUGAUAUGGAGAGUCCCUUCCCUAAGGAGCUGACAAUACAGCAGGCUUUUUCAGACUACCAGAUCCAGCAGAUGACUGCUAACUUUGUGGACCAGUUUGGCUUCAAUGAUGAGGAGUUUACAGAUCAUGAUGACAGCAUUGGGGCAACGUUUGACCGGAUUGCAGAGAUCAAUAUCAACAUUGAUGCUGGCCAGGACACUGCUAACACAGCCGUGUUUGAGGCCUGUUCCAAGGAGAGGAUUCAGCCCUUUGAUGAUGACGAUGAGGACAUAUGGGAGGAGAAAGAGAUCAACUAUGCAACACAAACCAAGUCCCGGAACAGGUUUGGUGGGUCACAGUCCCCCCAAGGCCAAGCAGCCAAUAAGACCUGUGAGAAGACGGGAGCUUGCGGCUCUGAGGCCUCUGAAAGAGCAACAGACUCAGACUCUGAGGAAGAAGACCCUAAAGACGACCUGGAUCCUUUCUCAAGUCAGGAGCAGACGGAGACCACUAAAAACACUGGAUGGGUUGCAGACUUUGGAGAGGUGAACUCAAAGGCUCCUGCAGCAGGUGCUGGCUUUGCCGCCUGGGACACUCCAGCCUCCCAACCAACUUCAACAGAGGCUGAGGAGAAGGGGUGGGCCAAGUUCACCGACUUCCAGCCUUUCUGUUGCUCUGAAACAGGACCCAGAUGCAGCUCUCCUGUGGACUCGGAGCUCAGUGGAUCAGACAACACCAAACCAAACCAGAACCCAUGUGUGUGGAGUGUGUGCGUGGCGAGAAAAGCUCCACUGGUGGCAUCAGACACCUCGUCGUCCAGCAGCUCAGACAGCGACGAGGAAGAAGGAAAGACAGAGUCCACAUCCAGUGAGACGGUCACCACAGAGACCAUCACCACCGGCGCCGGCAAGGAGACCAUCCGGCUCACCAUGGACGCCAAAAACGAAAGGGCGGUCUUCACCAGAGUAUUCAGACCUGCAGUCAGACGUGACGCGGAUCAGUUGCCAGUAGAGGGACUGUCCGUCAAAGACAACGAGAAAGAAAGCGACAAAGGAAAUAAACAUGGAAGCUGUAUCAGCCCGAAUACCGCCAGUCCAAGUAACCAGUCAGCUGCUGUCACACAAGAGACGCAGUCGUCCGCUAACGGGCCGACCUAAUGACGCGGUACAGACACACACUUCACACCCGAUCAUUCAACACAGCCAUGCCACCUUUGCUUCCGGUUAGCAGCCCUCCAAUGCUCAUUUUUGUGUAAAGACAUGUAAGCGAAUGGAAUAUCCUCAGCUCUGAGGUCAGACUGCGUUUCUGUCGGAUAUCAGAAAUCUCCACCUCAGCGACGUCUCUACUGCACCUUCGUGACAUGAUUAUGACUGAAAUGCUUCAAGAUGAAAUGUAUGUUUUAAAGAACAUUUCAAUCUGCCAGACACCCGAAAGCCAAAUUGUGUUACACUCUAUGUGAACUUUUCACAAUGCAUUUUUGUUUUUCUCCCGUUAUCCACGAGGUAACGCAGAGCGUACCCGCUGCACUUUAAUCUUAAGAAAAAGUGUGAAAUUUGGCCUUUUUAUUCAAUUGAGCAUCAGAUUUUCAGAUUAUUUGAGCCUGUCUGCGCUCUGGGCAUAAAAAUCACAGCCCAGUGAAGUUUUAUAGCAGAGCAUUUGACUGUUUACACUUUAGUAAAGACAACUGUAUUCGAAUAAUCAGCCAAGAUUACUAAAGCCAAGAUGCUUGCAGAGAUAGCUAGCAGUAUUUUUGUUUUCAGGAUUUCAGUGUACAUGUCAGUCGGACAGUUUAGUAGUGCAAAUGUGUGAGUGCUAAUUAUUUGGCUUGUUUUUUCCCCUGGCCAUGCCACCUAGGUCAUUUCCCAGUCAAGUAAGAUUUUAUUUGUUUAGGUCACAUGGGAAACAAAGGCUCUCUUUUUGUUCAGUUGGUGCAUCAGAGUUGGGAGGAUCACGUGUCCUCCUCUGACAUGUAGUUUAGAGGUGUGUGUGUUUGUGCGUGUGCGCUGCUGCCGUAUUCAUGCGCGUAAACGUGUGUGUGUGUUUGAGCUCUGUCUGAGGUACAGAGUGUAUUCUCAGGUCUAAAGGUCUAAGGAGAGGUAUGCAGAUACAAAGAAAGCACACCUGUGUAACACACACACACGCGCACAAUACUCGCAUGUGUACGCAGCCACAUAUACAAACACACCCCAAAAAAAAAAAAAAGGAAGAAAAAAAUGACACAGUGAUGUGCGCAUUCAUACCACCCUCAGAGCUGUUUAAAUGUAAUAUUGUGAAAUUUGAACCUGUAUUAGGUUGUGGCUAUUCUUGGUAACAUGUAAACGUAAUAUAAAUGUAAACAGUAUAUAUAAACAUUAUAUCUAUUUUUGGAAUAAAUCCAACGUACGGAAAGGCGGUCGUUUCGCGGGUUGCAACGUGUGUAUCGUAUGUGUGUUGUACUGUUGAAAUGAGGCAAUAAUGAUGUCUGUGUUUCUGUUAAUAGGCCAGCAUCAGUUCCUGUUCCUUUGCUACAUGCUUCCUACGUGGAGGUUUAGGAGCGUGCAUGUUGUGAAUGCGGGUGGGUCGGGUCGUCUGCAGUACGUCUUCCGUAACGUUUACUUUUCUACGAUACUUCUCGUUCGUUACAACUUGGGUCUUAUUCUCAGUUACAAGAUUAAUUUUAAAAUGCCUAAAAACCUAAAUUCCUUAUGUGUGUACAUAUGUAUAUACGCACUGCACAUUUAGCCAAUUUGAGUAUAAUUUAGUCAAGUUAGGGUGUGAAAACGAAGGUGAAUAAAGUUAAAAUAAUACCUCACAGUUUAGGAAGAAAAAGCGCUUCAUCGUCUGUGAAGAAUCGUAGUCGUCCGGUUCAUGAUGUGUCCAAAACAAAGCUGAAACGAAAGCAACUGGUUGAAGCUCCUUGAAUACGUUUCUAUAAAACUCAACUCCCCGCUGAAGAGGCCACUUAGAGGCAAGAGUGAAAUCUCCUCUCGCCAGUUUUUAGCUUUUCUUUUAGAUGUACUUUUAUAUUUUAUAUCAUAUUGUUUGCGUUCACACAUUUAUCCUAGAGCUGAACAAAUGUGUUAUUUAAUACGGUAGUCAAUUGACAAACUAUUUUUAUAAUCAAAUUGUUGUUUUUCAGGGGAGAAAAUGAUAAAUGAUUUUAGCUGCUGUCUUUGCAGCUUUAACCAUAUCUUUGGGUUUUGAUUAAAUAAAUAGAAGUUAUCGCAUUUUUUUACUCUGUCUUCACAGUUAAUCACCUAAUCAAAGAAAAAACACAAAAAACAAAAUGAGUCUUGUCCGAUUUUCUUAUACAUGUAUAGUCAAACUCAACAUUUAGAUUCAGUGUCAUUGCUUAUCUCACAGCUUCAACAAAUGCGCCAAUUGUCUUUUCCUUCCUGAUACAUCAUUUGCAGAUAGUUCAGAUAUUUCACAUUCAUGUCUGCCUGUUAGCCGUCUCGUUCUUCCUGUUGAUCACUGUAAUGUGUGCCGUCAUUGGCAGAUUUGUGUGUGCCGUACUCGAGACAUCAAAGACACACAGUCACCCCAGGCGGUUUCUAGAGGUCCAAAACCAAUAAUGAAAUGAAGCAUUGGUUCCUCUGGUAAUUGUUGCUGAAUUGCCUCAUGAUAUUUCCUGUUACUAACAUGUCGUUUUAUAGAAUCUAAUAGAAAAUCGAGGCAAAAACUGUGAAAACCCGAGUUGUAACUGACCAGAAUUAUCCUUUAAACUUGCGCGUGCCAGACAGUCAUGCUUUACUUUCUCCUCGUCUCUUUCUCUUUCUCAGGGCAGGAGUUGACUUUUAAUUGCAUAUAUGCCUAUGUAACAAUUUACGUAGACGGUCGUAUUUAUUUUAAGAAGCACUUUUUCGAGAAGCACUUUUGGUUUGUAUUUGGUGACGCUAAGUGCCACCGUAUUGUUCCCUUCUCAAAGAGGCGGGAAUGACUGACUUGAACGAGUGAAUCAUGUAGAAUACUUUUUUCUUCUUCUUCUUCUUCUUCGAUGCUUUCUGCCAAAGUGUGUCUUCCCACCGGUUUACAACUGGGCAUCCACAUCUGUGAAGUACUCUCCUUUCUUUGCAGCGGUCUUUGUUUGAUCCCUCUCUCUCGUGUUUGUUUUUUUGUUUUUUGUUUUUUACGUCAUGGAGGAGAGGAUGACACAAGAAAGAGUUUGAAACCGCCGCCAGCUUUUAUGUGUUCCUUGAGCUGUGUGUAGUGGAACCGCGCAGAGAGAGCUUCGAUUGCUUUUUGUCAGGGUCUGUAGAGAAAAACAGGGCUGUUUAUUUUGUCGAGGUCGUGUACAGGGUCGGAAUAUUUCAUCCCCCCCUCCCUUCGCCCGAGCCUAUAUAGCGCUGCACCUCGUGUUUAUAUGCGUCCCCUUCUCCUCGAGCGGCAUAGCUACGGGUAGGUUCUCAUUUCACGCGUGACGUCAUGGGGUACGAUACAGUCAUCUUUAAGUGCCGUUACGUUUGCACAUUCGUUCACCUCGUCGGGUACGUGCUGUAUUGUACAGUGUGUUCCCUGAAACUUUAAUUGAGAAACCGCGGGUGUUACCGUUGCGUUAUACUGCGGCUAUUUAUUUCUCACGUUAUAACUUUUGGGUACGUGUGCGAGAUAAGUUAUGGGAAACGAAGGCUGUGUAGUUAACUUUUUUUUUUUUUUUUUUGUAAAGCAAACUGAUGCUGGUGGGUUUUUUUCCAUUUAGAGAGUAAUGUGUCUGUUACUUGUUGUCAAUUUAGCUUGUAAAUUCAGAUAUGCACCUAAUAAAUAUGUCAAAGAAGAA